AUGCUUAAUUAUGUAAAUGAGGGUAAUGACAUCAUCAAUGCUAUGCAGAUGAAGUCGGCACUUGAAAGUCAUGGUGGCAUAAGAAACACCUACGUUUCAGUGGUAGAUCUUCUAGCUGAACCUCAACCACCUCUGCUGUUUGGACAACUGAAAUCCUUUCAAAUUUCACAAUUUAACAAUUUCAGCUUUCAAGAUGAUGGAAUAGUGGCAUAUAAAGCAUAUGGCAUUGGAGGAAAACUUAUUUCAGCAGAAGACAUGACUAGAAUUUCAGAAAAUUUGCUGUUGAAAGACAAGAACUUGAUGUUUUCUGAGGUACAACAACCAGAUCCAAAGCCCGCAACAUUCCAAGGAAUUAAACAACAGGAUCGUUUCUCUUGCAUUGAUCCAGACUGCAUCAAAGUUUUCAGGAAAGAGAACCAACUCAUACAACACCUCUCAAUUGGUCAGCAUAUUUAUGAUGUACAGAAGUUGGACACACUUGAGGAUAGGAGUAAAAGGCUUUGGACAGUACAAUGCAAUGAACUUCGACUAGAUCACCAGAAUUCCUCCUCCCUCACUGUGCAUUGUGAUCAACCAUCCGAAUUCCGUGAAAAUUUUGGCUAUGCAUUAAAAAGGAGAAAAAAGACAUCACGUUUUUCUGUAAAGUUAAAAAAUCAUCUCACUGCCCUCUUCAAAAAUGGAGAACAGACUGGGAAAAAACCAAAUCCACACACAGUUUCAAGGCAAAUGCGAUCUGAAACAGACGAAGACGGAAACAGAAUAUUUUCUCCAGCAGAGUGGCUCUCUCCUCAGCAGAUAAGAAGCUUCUUCGGAAACUUAUGUUUGAAAAAACAGAAAGUGUCCAACAUGGUCAAAAGUGAGGGAAACCAAGAAAAUGAUGAAGACCUACAGAAUGUCAUAAGCGAUCUAGUUGCUAUUGAACGAAGCCAAGCAAUAUCCAGUGUUGUGUCUGACUUGACUCACCAGUAGUUAGCAAUAAUAUUUUGGUAAACUCAGGUGACCUAUUGCUAUCAGUUGUCGUCCGUCGUCCAUCAUGCGUUAACAAUUGAACAUUUUUAACUUCUUCUUGAUAACUACCUUUCCAAUUCUUUUCAAAUUUGGUAUGAAGUAUCUUUGGGACAAAGGAAAAAUAAAUUAUAAAUGCCAGGUCUCCAGCACCCCUGGGGCAUUAGGGUCAGGGCAAAAACUGCCCAAAAUUGACCAAUUUUCAAAAAUCUUCUUCUUAAGAACCGCACAUGUGUAAGAAAAACUAAAUGCAUGGUGAUGGAGAGCAGGAAGGCCUCUACCAAAAUUGUAAAUUUCAUGAUCCCAGGGGUAGAGGUUUUGGUAUCAGGGUGGGGCCAAAAUGGUCAGUUAUUAAAUGUGUGAACAAUAGACAUUUUUAAAUUCUUCUUGAUAACUAUCAUUUCAAUUCUUUUCAUAUUUGGUAUGAAGCAUCUUUGGAACAAGAAGGACAUAAAUUGUAAAUUUCAGGAUUCCUGCACCCCUGGGGCCUUAGGGGCGGGGCAAAAACUGUCCAAGAUUGAUAAAAUUUUCAAAAAUCUUCUCAAGAACCGCAUACAUGUAAGAAAAACUAAAUGCAUGGUGAUGGAGAGCAAGAAGGCCUCUACCAAAAUUGUAAAUUUCAUGAUUCCCGCAGUAGUUGUUCUGACCCCAGGGCGGGGCCAAACUUGGUAAAUAGUGUUAAUGUGUAAAACACUUAAAUAACAUCUUCUUUAGUGUGGUUUAUAUUGACACUAAAUAGAUAUUUAGAAAGAGCAGGUAGUCCUUUACCAAAAUUGUAAAUUUGAUGAUCCCAGUGGUAGGGGUUUUGGUAUCAGGUUAGAGCCAAAAUAGUCAAGUUAUUAAAUGUGUGAACAUUUGACAUUUUUAACUUCUUCUUGAUAACUAUCAUUCCAUUUUUUUUUUCAUAUUUGGUAUGAAUCAUAUUUGGAACAAGGGCAACAUAGAUUGUAAAUUUCAUGAUCCCCGGGGUAGGGGUUCUGACCCCAGGGCGGGGCCAAACUUGGUAUAUAAUGCUAAAUGGAUAGAGCAGCUAGGUAGUCUUUUACCAAAAUUGUA